AUGCCCGGCUCUAGCAGCCAUGCCGACCCUCCGAUCGAUAAGCGGGACUUCGAUGCGCACCGAUCUCUCCUCCAGGACGGCGUGAAUGGGUAUGAAGGACAAGGAACACCCGGGAAGCGGCGGUCACGGGCCGGCUCCCGUCAAUCGAGGGCAUCGUCUCGCUCGGGGCUGCUCAGCGGCAGCGAUGACGGGCUUCUCAACGAUGUUGUUGAGGGGAUUGUCGAGCGGGACAUACGCAAGAUGCACACGGAAGUCGUGCGUGUCAUAAGCUUCGUUUGGGGCGUAGUUACCUGGUGA